CUCUCCGGAGGAGGGCUGCACCGCUCCGAGCCGCGUCCCCAAGCGCCCACAGCGCCGGGGAGAGGCAGCGCCGGUGCCUUCCCCGCCUGGCCGGGGCGGGGCAGGGGGACGGCCGCUGCCGCCGCUUCCCGGUCGCCCGUUACGGCCCCGGCCGCGCCCGGAACCAUGAGCGGCUCGGGCUCGGAGGAGCCGCCGCCCAGCCAGGCGACAGAGGAGGACCGGCAGCAGGAGGCCGAGCGGGACUGGGCGGCGGCCAAGGCUUUCUACGACAAUCUGGUUACCCAGAAGCCCCGGCCGCCCAAGCCCCAGAACGCCAUCACGGUGGCCGUGUCCUCCCGAGCACUCUUCAACCUGCUGGAGGAGCAGCGGAUCUACGAAGAGCAGGGCGUGGAGAAGUACGUGGAGUACCAGCAGAAAAACGAGAACGUCAUCUUCAAGCCCGGACCGGCGUUCUACUUCGUCAAGGCACUGGAGCAUGUCAAUGCCCGGCUUCUCGAGCUGUACCCUGAUGAUGAAGAACGGUUUGAUAUUGUCCUGAUGACUAAUAACCAUGCCCAAGUGGGAGUGAGGCUCAUAAAUAGCAUCAAUCACUAUGGCUUAACAAUUGAACGUUUCUGUAUGACGGGAGGAGAGAGCCCCAUUGGUUACCUGACUGCGUACCUCACGAACCUGUACCUCUCAGCAGAUUCUGACAAAGUGCAGGAAGCUAUAGAAGCAGGCAUUGCAUCAGCUACGAUGUUCACUGCCAACAAAGACAUUGUUUACUCGGAUACACAGCUGAGGGUGGCUUUUGAUGGGGAUGCUGUUAUCUUUUCUGAUGAAUCAGAACAGAUUUUCAAAGAGCAAGGAUUAGAUAGAUUUUUUGAACAUGAACAAUUGAAUGAAAAUAAGCCUCUUGCACAGGGUCCUUUGAAGGGUUUUCUGGAAGAUCUGGGGAAACUCCAGAAGAAGUUCUAUGCAAAAAACGAGCGAUUAAAUUGUCCUAUAAGGACCUACCUGGUCACAGCCAGAAGUGCAGCGAGCUCUGGAGCAAGAGUGCUGAAGACUCUCCGUAGCUGGGGUCUGGAGAUUGAUGAGGCACUGUUCCUAGCAGGAGCACCUAAAGGACCAAUCCUGGUGAAAAUCCGCCCUCACAUUUUCUUUGAUGACCAGAUGUUCCACAUCGAAGGAGCACAGAAAUUAGGCACCAUAGCUGCACAUGUCCCCUAUGGCAUUGCUCAGAAGUACCACAAAUCUACAUGACUGGAGGGUGCUAUUAAGGAUAAGGUUCUUAACUCAGCCAGCCUCUAAUCUACCAAUAGUUACAUCUGAAAACCUCUACAUUUGUGUUUUGUGAGCACUGUGUCUAAAGAUUUAACUUCUGGCUAGAACAGCCUUUAAAGGAAGUGUUUUUAAUAGAGUUAUUUUAAUAUAAUUCUUAAGGAGUUUAGAUUUUUUUUACCUGUCUGUAUCUAAUACUGUGGUUUUGAUAUUAGGAGAUUUGUACUGUUUUUAUAGUUUGAGACAUAUUCUGAGAGACAGAACAGUUAUAUUUUAUCUAAAAAACUGUUGAUGGGUUAUUUAUAAGAAAAUUCAUUCUGCAAUGCUGGUUUUUGACAGUUAUUUCUGAAGUUCCCAAAAGCACAGUUUACAUGUAACUGUUUACCUGUUGGUGGUUUGCUGGUUAAAUAUGUGUUCAGUAGGUUUGUCACCACACAGUUUUGGCUUCUAGUAAAAUAUUCAUGCAUUUGGUCGUGUUUGCAUUAUUUUUCUAUAUUGUUUUCUUAUCUUAAUAAAGCUGGCUUUACAGAA